AUGACGAUUGUAGUAGAGUCAUUAUUCAAUGACCUUGGAGCGACUUAUGAAGCUGCCUUUGCAAACAAUGCCCCGCUUCGUGCGUUUGUUCAUCGCGCCGCCAAGGAGCUGUCACCCGGUAGUCGAAUUCUAGAUGUGGGCUGUGGUACCGGCAAGCCGGUGGCGGAUAUCCUGGCAAGUGCAGGCCAUGAAGUUCAUGGGAUUGACCUCUCCCCCGAGAUGGUGAAAAUCGCCCAAUCCCAAGUCCAGGGCACCUUUGAAGUAGCCAACAUGAACGACUUCCAUCCUUCCAAGCCCUACGAUGCUGUGUUUGCCAUUCUCUCUUUGUUUCAGCAUACCCCUGGCGAGGCAUAUUCCCUGAUCUUCAAAUUCUCGGAGUGGCUCAAGGUGGGCGGAUACUUGGCCAUUGCCGUGACGCCUAGCACCGGCCUGCUAUCGGAGACUUGCACCUAUGAUCCCACAUGGGAUUGUGUGUGGAUGCUGAGGAAGCCGUGGAUGGGCAACUACACCAAGGAGAUGUUCUAUUCAGAAGAUGGAUGGCUUCGACUGUUUCGAAGUGCCGGGUUUAUCAUUGCAGCUGAACCCGCCAAUGAUCUCUUCUUCCCCGCUGGUCGAAGCCCAGCACUGCUGGGGCCAUAUCCACUCCCCACCUCUCCAAUGCGCGUCACCCCGGUUGAAAGUGUGGAUAUAUUUAACGAUCGUCUGGUGAGCAAGCAUCUUGAGGCGCUGUUCGAACAACUUGGAGAGGGACAGAACGUGCUUGCUCUCGGGCAACAGCAUGAUUUGAGUCGCUAUACACGGGACAAAGGAGUCCAGUAUUUCCCAGGGCCUGCCGAAGAUCUUCCAUACUCAACGGGGAGCUUUCAGGUCGUCUUAGCCCCUUGGAUACUUGACCACACCAUGGAUCUUGAGAAGGCUAUCCAGGAAAUGGUCCGUGUGGCGCGCCGGCGGGCUUCCAAGAUUGUUAUCCUUCAAGGGGCUCCCGGUAAUGAGGCAGUGGUGCACCUGAAUGCUGUGACGCGUUCACACCGAAUCGAUCAUCAAGGUCAUAUCCUGCAGGCGGCAGUGCAACGCUUGGAAAAACGGGGGUUUCGAGAUAUAUCCCUGCGCCGAAUCCGUGCACACUAUGAGUUUCCGGAGGAAGAUUUGUCCACGCGGUGCAUGAUUGCUGCGGAGCUACUGGUGGAUAUGUGGCACAAACAACAUCCCCGUUACGAGGUGAUCAAGCAGUCUCUGGCAUCUCGGCUAAAGCUUCAUUUCCAGGGCCAUGCUCACUCUGUCGGAAAUGAUAUGGUCGCCUUGGUUGCGAGCUCUCCAAGCGAUGACAUACAUUGA